AUGGGGAGAGGAUCGUUGGUGUUGAAGCGCGCAACAGAGUCGCUUCUCUUCGUGGAGCUAGAGCUGGAGCGCGGACGGAAGCGAUCCCAGGACCUGGAAUUUGAACUUGUGGAACAGGCACGCGAUCCUGAGCCGGUGCUGGAUCACGAUCCGGCAAAGGAGCUGGAUAUGGCCCUGGCUGUGGCGUUGGAAACGGCCCCGGUCCAUAAAGGGGAUAUGGAGGUCGCUGGGCAUCCUCAACGAAACUUUGCUCCGAAACACAGCGCUCCAUCGCAGACGGGCGAUAGGAUUGAUAUGGAGCGUAAUACUGAGCAUGAGCUCGACCGUGAGCUGGUGAUGGACUCCCAACCUGGUUUCCCGGAGGACGAUAUGUGUCCGCUGCAUGGUAUGGUCCAGGAGUGGGAUUGCGCGGUGGAGGGAAGUUUCGAGGUGGACUUUGAUAAUCCUGCCAAGUCUGACAUGGGGCUGCUGGGCCUGACGCACGACACGGUGGUCGGAAUGAAGCUGGACCAGAGCAUGGAGCUGGAAGGAUGUCUCGAGGUGUUGUAUUCAAUGUGUUCGCCCGAACAGGUGGCUGUGCUGACCUCCAAGCGGCUUCCUCAUCCCGAGCACGUUGCAGAGUAUGUAGAAUCUCAAUGCUAG